CAACGAAGAUCAGGAUGUUGAAUUAAUUAUUUCACUGGAUCGUUAACGAGAGAAAUGUGAAACACGCAGACAAGUGAAACACGCGCUGUGGCCGUGAACGCGCCCCGGUGUGCGGCAGCAGGAACCGGAAGUAGUUUCCAGCGGCGGCCGGAUGCUCAGUGGACACACAGGAACAACAAAGAGGGGAAAGCACCCGGGUUUCAAACCCUCAACUCACACCCAGCCGCUUCUCUCCAGCUUGUAGACGGGCACAAGAAUUUGGUUUGCAUGUGAGGACAAGUGUCUGCCGAGCCAACGAUGGUGAACAACAUUGAAAUGGAUAUUGAAAACAAUAUGGACCAGCAGGAGUCCAGUGCGCCUCCUGAACCCGCCCAGCAGCCGCAGGAGGCCGCGGUGACCAGAGCGCGGUCCAGGGGAAGUUCAGGAGCGGAAGGGGGGGGCAGUGGCGAUGGCGGCGGAGGGGGCGUGGCGGGUGGCAACGGCAGCGGACCGGAGCAGAAUGGACAACCUCCCGCCGCUCGACCCCCGCGCGUGAUGGAGAGCGAGGAGGACGAUGACGAGGAGUUGACCUUGAAGUACGGAGCCAAACACGUCAUCAUGCUGUUCGUCCCCGUCACCCUCUGCAUGGUGGUGGUGGUGGCCACCAUCAAGUCCGUCAGCUUCUACACCCAGAACGACGGACAGAGACUGAUCUACACGCCGUUCCCUGAAGACACCGACACGGUGGGACAGCGGGCGCUCAACUCCAUCCUGAACGCCACCAUCAUGAUCACUGUGAUCAUCGUGAUGACGCUGGUGCUGGUGCUGUUGUACAAGUACCGCUGCUACAAGGUGAUCCAAGGCUGGCUCUUCCUCUCCUCUCUCCUCCUGCUCUUCUUCUUCUCCUACAUCUACCUCAAAGAGGUUUUCAAGACCUACAAUGUGGCCAUGGACCUUUUCACCCUGGCGAUAAUCAUUUGGAACUUCGGCGUGGUGGGCAUGAUCUGUAUUCACUGGAAAGGACCUCUGAGGCUUCAGCAGGCCUACCUCAUCAUGAUCAGCGCCCUCAUGGCCCUGGUCUUCAUCAAGUACCUGCCAGAGUGGACCGCCUGGCUUAUAUUAGCUGUCAUCUCAGUCUACGAUCUGUUAGCGGUGCUCUGUCCCAAAGGACCCCUGAGGAUCCUGGUGGAGACGGCUCAGGAGAGGAACGAGCCCAUCUUCCCAGCGCUCAUCUACUCCUCUACAAUGGUGUGGCUGGUCAACAUGGCCGACACAGAAUGGCCGAAGAGGAACUCGACAGAAGCAGCUUCGCCGCAACAACUCCCUCAAGAAGCCGUGGAGUCCCCCGGCCCCUCCAGCCCGUCACAGGACGACGGCGGCUUCAACUCAAACUGGGUCAACCUGCAGGAGCACCAGCUGGGAGCGCUCCAGUCCACAGACGACACCCGGCGGGAGGUCCAGGAGAUGCCCUCUGAUCGCCCCCCCGUUGAUGAUGAUGACGACGAGGAGAGGGGCGUCAAGCUCGGGCUCGGAGACUUCAUCUUCUACAGCAUGCUGGUGGGAAAGGCCUCGGCCGCAGCCAGCGGCGACUGGAACACCACGCUCGCCUGCUUCGUGGCCAUCCUCAUCGGCCUCUGUCUGACCCUGCUGCUCCUCGCCAUCUUCAAGAAGGCGCUCCCCGCUCUGCCCAUCUCCAUCUUCUUCGGCCUGGUCUUCUACUUUGCCACCGACAACCUGGUACGGCCCUUCAUGGACCAGCUGGCGCUGCACCAGUUCUACGUUUAGCAGGACGCCGGCCUGACAACCCUCACCUACAUCGCUCUCUGGCCAACAACACCAGAGCGGUCCCUUCACAGCCGGGGGGAACAAAGGAUGAUGCAGGGGCCCCUCCCGCCCCCCCACGUCCCCUCCUAAGAACUCAUGAUGAUGGGACACAUGUAGUUUUUGCUCUGCCUUUUCUUUCCGAGAGGGUUUUCCCCACAGCAGCUGUUCUUAGAUAUUUUAUGUCUGUUUUAAACCAAGAAGUGACAUUUCUGGCUCGACUUGGGACGUCACCUCUCGAUCGCCCGUCUCAGGCACAAAGUGAGCGAGAAGGUUUUACCUUUGUUUAUCCAGGGAAGCUUCUCAAGAGCUCGUCUGCGACCUUUCCCUGCAGCACCCUGCUUCACUUUCACACACACACACACUCACACCUGGGAGCUUCCCAGUACAACCACUCUAGCUGGGGCUCAGCAGGAGGUGCCUUGCUCAUGGACACCUAGGCGCGGCAGCCGUUGAGCAGAAGGAGGUGAUUCUCUGGAUCGAAUCUUCCCGUAAACAUCUUCCUCAUCUCCAAUCCGUUUACAUGACACCCCCCCCCCCCUCCCGUGAUUCACCGGAGAUUUGAAAGGCCUUCAUCACACCAAUGGACACUCGACAAUAAUAGGUGUUUUAGAUCGGUUGGUAAAUGUGUAGUUUGAUUCCGUGUGAGCUGUCCGUCACCGGAGCGUGCUUUCCUCACCGCUGCUCAGAAUGGUUCAGACCCUUUUCUUCGCUCUAGACACAAACUGAAGCUCUGACGCCGGAGAGACUCGCACCCACAAAGAUUUGCACUGAACAGGAUGCUUUGAGCUUGAGGAUCUUUUCGCAUGUGGGAAAGUGGUGGUGAAAAAGAUGUAAUCCAGAAAUUUGGGUGUUGUUGUGACACUGAUGCUGAUUUCACCGUGUUUUCUGACCUUAACUCUUCCCUUAAAUCACUUCUGAAUUCACAGCCUGCAUAGGAAGUAAAGUUCACACACACACACACUCACACCUGAGACCACUGAGCAGUUCUGCUGGAGCAGUUGGAGGUUCAGUGCCUUGCUCGAGGGCAUUUCAGUAGUCGUAGUAGUCGUUGUCGUCGUUAUUGUGGGACAGAAGUUUUUUUUAUUUAAACACGUCCAGGGAUUGUAACCUGUGGUCAUCCGGUCACAAACUCUGAACCUUGAGGCUACAGCCGCCGUCAUGACGCUCGCCUGGUGCUGUCUCGAACUAUGCUACAUCAAACUAAAACCAGUUUCUAUACACACACAUCGUUUUCUCAAUAUAUGCAGAAGAGACAUUUUGUACUUUUUGAAACGGGGGGGGGGUAGAUGUUAGCACGGCUCCGACGGGAAAUCUGAGGAAAUGGGACAAAAAUUGUGAAAGAAAAACUGAAAAACAAAUGAGGGAGUAGAUGCAGCUCAAUUUGAUCCAUGACUUUGAGGAACAUUUAGGAACAAAUGAUCCUAAUUGACCGUUUUAAUCAAAUGGAAAAACCAAAAACUAAGAGUGUAAUGUUCUGGACUGAAACAUUGAGAUGUGUGUGAACCUGUGGCUGAGCCGCGGAGUGAGGACGAGCUGCACCGGUCGCUCGCCUGAUGUCCGACUCGAGUCUCGUGUUUGUCGAGAAAAGAAGUAACAUUUGUUUCCUACUUGUUGUCGGGGAAUAUGUCGGGUGACUGGCUCUUUUUUUGUAUUUUUCUUUCUUCUGUCCUUCACAUGCAUAUGUGUGUUAUGCAAGGUUAUUCAAUUCUGAUUUUGUUCUUUUUUUAAUAAACAAUAAAACUUAAAA